AUGGGACAGGCAGCCCAAAUCUUCCUGGCACUGCUCAGCCUAAUAGCAACUAUUUGUGAUGCCCAGGACACCUGCCCAGACUGUCUUCAUUUCUCAGAGGUGAGAAUAGUGGGACUUGGUGACGCUGACCAGCUUGCCAUUCUCCAAGGAUGCCCAGGAAACCCAGGUGCCUCUGGUCCAAAAGGAGAACCAGGUCUCCCAGGAACAAAAGGAGAAAGGGGAGCCCAGGGACUCCCUGGGAAAGCGGGACCACCUGGUGUAAAAGGUUCAGCUGGAGAGCCUGGCUUCCCAGGUAAAUUAGGAAUGAAAGGAGAACCUGGAUUUCCAGAAACCUGGGAAGCCAGGAACUGCCAAGAGCUGUUGGGUAGAGGCAAGAUCCUGAGUGGCUGGUACACCAUCUAUCCCCAAGGCUGCAAUGCCACCACCGUCUUCUGCGACAUGGACACUGAUGGCGGAGGGUGGAUUGCCUGUGGUUCUCCUUUCCUGCAGGUUUUCCAGAGGCGGUGGGAUGGGUCAGUGAACUUCUUGCGAGACUGGGAUUCAUACAAACGAGGCUUUGGCAACCAGCUGACUGAGUUCUGGCUGGGGAAUGACAACAUCCACUUCCUCACCUCACUGGGACUCUCUGAACUCCGCAUUGACCUGAGAGACUUUGAAAACAACUACUAUUUUGCCAAAUACUCUUCAUUCAGAGUCUUAGGAGAGUCUGAGAAAUAUAAACUGGUUCUAGGAGACUUCCUUGGUGGAAAUGCUGGAGACUCCUUAUCAUACCACAAGGACAUGCCAUUUUCAACCACAGAUGAGGACAAUGACAUGAGCUCCUUUAACUGUGCGAUGGAAUACAAGGGAGCAUGGUGGUACAACGACUGCCAUUACUCUAACCUGAAUGGGAUGUACUGGUUGGGUGUUCACGGGAGCUAUGCUGAUGGCAUCAACUGGAAGACAGGCAAAGAAUACCAUUAUUCCCAUAAGCGAACAGAAAUGAAAUUCAGGCCAGUUUAACAUGGCAAGAGAAUGUCUGACUACCACCAUCAGGUGCCAUUUAACAGCCUAGAGUAGGCACAAAACAAUGUUGAGGGCAAAACUGGACCAGGAUGGAUAUUACAGAUUGUGCCUUCAGGCUAGAGCAGACUUUUAGAGACCACAAAAGACUGGUGCUGAUUUGAACUCCUGUAAGCAUAAAACUCUCACCAUGGACUAUCCCCAGCAGCCCCACAAAUGCUGACUGAGCCUGAGCAUCUUUUUCUGAAAAGUGCAUUGCCUUGAUUUAAAGUGAUGGUGAGGCUACAGCGUCUCAGUAAAACUUUCAGAUAUUAUCACUCUAAACGGUGAUUACUGGCAAUUUUGAGUCUUUCCACAUACAUGAAGCUUCCAGUGCUCUUGCAGCCUGUUUUUCUGUUGAACCCAAGAGCCAUACGAAAGGCACUGAAUACCCAACA